AUCCCUCCUCACCACCAGCCUCGGCACAGGCAAGAUGCACCGACGACUCGAGCACCAACCAGACAAAGGCGGCGCAAUGGGCAGCGCAAAGUCUCUCUUACCAUUACCCUUUGCACAACCAGCAGCUGCCAAACAAACACCAGAUGAUUCACCGGCUCCCUCAAACAUCACAUCUUCAAGCAAAGACCCGUACAAGGCAGCUAAGGAAGCACUGGACCGUGAUGGCUUCGUCGUCCUCUCCGCAUCUCUCUUCCCCUCGUUCGAUCUGGAUGCCCUUCGCGCCGCAGCCUCACGCAUGACCACGGCAGCACGAGAAGGAAAAUGGCCCUACAUCCGUACCCUACCCAAGCAAUUCCCGCCCUGGCCCCAAGAUCCCUCAGACGGUAUAUGGGGCGUGCAGCACCUGCUCCACCCAUCCAACCCCGAUCAUCUUGUCUUCGCAAAAUCCUACUUCGACAGCGAACUCCUGAAAUACGUUGCCGCGCUGAUCGGAUGUGGCGAAGACGACUUAACCAUGGAGCUGUACAACAUGCUUGUACGGCCAGACAAAGAGUUUAGUCUACGGUGGCACAGAGACGACAUUGCUGCGACGGCCACGGCCGAAGAGGAACUGGAGCGGUUGCAGAAACCAGGUCAUCACGCUCAGUGGAAUCUGGCCUUGUACGAUGACAGCAGUCUUGUGCUCGUCCCUGGAUCGCAUAAACGCGCACGUACACAUGUCGAGCGCAAUGCGGACCCUUAUGAAGCAAAUAUGCCCGGUCAAAUCACCGUGAAGCUAAAGGCGGGCGAAGUGGCAUUUUACAAUAACAAUAUUCUUCAUCGUGGCGUCUACGAUUGCACAAAGGAGAGAAUGACGUUGCAUGGUAGUAUUGGGACUCCACUGGCGGGCAGUCAGCGAGCGAGGAAUGUACUGCAACAUGGUGUGGGGGAAUGGGCCAAGGAAUAUGACUUUGAAGGAUUCGAGCCUGGGAUGGCGGAGCGAGCGAAGAAGAUGCGAGAGAGACUAGUGGAAAUGGGAGAGAAGAGUGGAGACGUUGGCUUCUUCUCAAAGGAUGAAUAAUUUUGGCAAUACCUCCCGGUGGUUCCUCGUUUUUGGGGUCUAUCCUAACCUUCCUCUUCAUCCCAAUAGUUGUAAUCCUUCGAAUUGAACUCUCUUCCUCAU